AUACUAAGGACAUCCACAUUCCCUUUCAGCAGCAUGUCCAGAGAUCCAUUUCUAUUUCCAUGCCUGGGAAGAAAUCUGUCCAGAGCCCUGACUCAGAGCCUCCGUGGGUCACACCAAACCCUUGUGAGGGCCGCAUCCAGCCCCUGAGCUGCAAGUUGUUCAGGCUGCAUCUACGGUGUAGAAGUAAUGCACUUUGACAUCACUUUAACUGCCAUGGAUUAAUGAAUUCAACUGCAAGAUGGUCAUGUUCAUAUUAUGUCCAGAUGUCAUCCCUUCAUAAUAAAAGAUCAUAUAUUAUUAGCGUUGCCAGGUCAAGACUCUCAGUUGCUGAGAUUUCAGGGCAAAGACCUGAGACCUAAAGACAAACCUAUUGUGAUUUCACAGAGAGGCAAAACCAGUUUUCAUUGCCGUAUUAAGCUUAUGCCAAAACAGUGGGAUUUCCCGCUCUUCCUGGGGCCAUUUGAGGCUGACUAGAAGAAGCAAUAUUGAUACAAGUCCCAGGGAAAGCAUUCUCUUCUUAUCCAUGUUUAACGGCUUCGUGAGAAUUAGAAAACAAAAUGGAUUAAUUUGACAGCAGUGAAAUCUUACGAAACUGAAUGACACGCACAAUGGGAGGAAACAUACCAAAAGAGGAACUUCUUCGUCAUGGUUCUGCAUUUGAAAGAAGUGAAACUGCAAGUAUGCUGAAGCACUGAUACUGUGCAAUCUCUACCCAGUUUUGAGUAGGGAUUUACAAUAAAAAGGACUCAGUAGUUUUUCUGAAGAAGUCCCAAACACCUGUUUAAAGCUUUACCUUUCCCUCAAUACCUACCAGCCCAAUUGGCAGCAGUUAUCAUUUUCUAGCUAAACUGGGCCACCAAAGCACUUGUUUGAGUCCACAUUAAUGGUGGUGUGCUACAUAAAUAAUAGUGAGGCAGAGAAUGUCACCUGGCAGCAUUUAAAUAAAAUGCUUCAACAACGCCCACAUUUUUGUGUAAUCUGGAGCAACUUCCUGAUUCCAGGCCUUUCCAGAAACUCAGAUUGAAAUGAAGCCAUGCAUACCCAACUGAUACAACCUAUUUUGUUUUGACAUUUGUAUGCUAAUGGCACAAUCUCUCUUUGCAUACAGAAGAUAAUACUAUUUAUCAUAUUGGGAAGAGCAAGUUUCUGUCCCUUUGUCUCCUUUCCUCCCAUUGUGUUCACUGAGUGCAAACUACUUUGGCACCUUGAAGUAAGCUGAGGAUGAGGAUGGAAGUAGGAAGAGUUGAGAGAAACAGGGAUAGUUUAAAAGCAGCUAAAAAUGAGAUAAGAGAGGAUUGGUUGGGUUUGUCUCUGCCAACUUGGAACGGUUGAAAGGUUUGCUAUGUGUUUACUGGAGAUAUGUUCUCUUGGCUCACAUGUCUGACAUUGCAUCAGCACAGGUGGAACGCUCCCUGUAAAACUUGUGUCCUAACAGGCUCAGCAACUUUUCCCUGUUCCCCUUCUACAAUGCAUCCCUUGAACGUCUUCCCUUCCAGACAGCUCAGCCAAUCAGGGAAAACAGAUCAGAUCUGGUGAACUGUCAUGGACUUCAAGUGGUUGGUGUACUUAGCAAAUUUGGUACAAAACACCAAUGGUUGAAAAGUGAACAUCUGACAAGUAGAUCAGGAUGAACAGGAUUUCCUAGAAGAUAACAGAAAGGAGGAGUACAGCUAAGGUUUGUAGGCUGAUAUCUUCAACUGUAGUGUCAGUACAGCUCUAAGGCUACAUGAUUUCUUUUGCCACCUGAAAAGUCCCGCUCUUCCACUGUUUAAAUGGAGAAGGGAGUGCCUCAGAAUCUGGAAGAAGAUCUUAGCCAGCUGCAUAACUCCAUUGGAGGCUGCAGUCUAACAGCUCCUAGCAUGGCAAAUGACAACCCUGAAGAAAUCCCAGCCACAGAAGCUCCUGAGACUGACCAACAUAUAUAUGACCCAGUGUCCUGCCCUGACAGAGUGGAGCAGAACCAGCGACUGGCAGUUGAAGAGCUCAUCAACACAGAGAUCAGCUAUGUACAUAAUCUUCAACUGUGCAUUUCAGAUAUACAUAGACACCUCCAAAAUAAGCAGCUGCCUGAACUCAACCUGGAAGAUCUGUUCUCGAAUAUUGAUGAUGUUCUACAAGUUUCCAAACAUUUCCUACAAGGACUUGAAGCUACAGUGAACCAGGAACAUGAUCAGCUUUUUCGUAUCAGCACCUUAUUCCAAGACUUCAAAGAAGAGAUGGAGAAUGUCUAUAAAGUGUAUUGUGCCAACUAUGACCAAGCUCUACUAUUGCUGGAGAUUUACAGGAAGGAUCCAAGAUUGCAAAAGGAGAUUAUAGAUACACUUAUUUCCACAGUGCCUCACACUAGUGCUUCAGACCUGAGCUUUUUCCUGGUGAUGCCAGUGCAACGGAUCACAAAAUAUCCACUCCUGCUGCAGAAGAUUUUGGAAAACACUCCAGAGAAUGAUAGUGCCUAUGGAGCCCUUCAAGCUGCUGCUUCUGCUAUGUUAGAUGUCAGUGUCAAUAUCAACGAGUACAAAAGACGGAAGGAAGUAGCAAAUAAAUAUAACAAGCCUGGUUACCUGACUCUGCGGGACCGUCUGGCCCGCUUGAACCCACAUUCCAUUGCCAAGAAGACCACACGACUGAGCCGCCUCUUCAUGCAUGAGGCAGGAAUUGUGUCUAAGACAGAGGACAAGGAGUUUGAUGAACUGGAAGAAAAAUUCCAGCAGUUGGCAUCAGCUGUUGCUGAUCUGAAGGAGAAUGUAGAAACCUUCUUAAGCAAUACAGAGGCAUUCCUUAGUUCUAAACCACAUGAAAAUCAACUGGAAAUAGGAGCAGAAACUACCCAGCUAUAUCGCCAAAUUGCAGGGAAACUCCAUAGCACUGUCUUUCCUGACCUUUGGAAGCGUCUGGAACGCCUCGUGUAUCGCCCACUGUGCAACUUGACAGAGGUCCUGAAAGGGCCUCAGAAGCUGAUCAAGAAGCGCUUGGACAAGUUGCUGGACUACGACGAGUUGGAGGAAAAGCGGAAUGAGACAGGCAGUGUGACAUACGAAGAGGAAGCUGCUAUGAAUACCUAUCUGGCCAUUAACUCCUUGCUUGUGUCUGAGCUCCCUGUGCUCAAUCAUGUGGCCCUGCAGUGGCUGAGGCAUAUUUUGGUUUCUUUUGUGGCCAUCCAGCGAGACCUGGCCAAGCAAGUUCUCCAGGAGACAGAAGGAGCUGUUGCCCAGUUGCCACAUAGGCACCUUCCUGCAGCUGAUUUUUGGAAGAUGGUGAAAGAGUCCUUAAGCCAAGCUGAAGGUCAACUCAACUCCCUCUGCAAAAAAAUGGAGACUGUUGUACCAAGUCCUGUUGUGCAGCCUCUUAGUGUCGCAGAGGAGAGGAAGGUCCUUUCGCUUGUGAACAAACAUGGCCCAGACAAACUAUACCAGGUAACGGCCAACAUCAGCGGCAGCAAAGACAUGGACUUGACACUGCAGAGGGGACAGGUUGUGGCACUCCUACAUGACAAGGACACCAAGGGCAACCCUAACCGAUGGCUGGUGGACACUGGAGGACCAAGAGGCUAUGUCUCCCCUGGAAAGCUCCAACGGUAUCAUGUAGUUCCAAACCAAAGGCCUCGGUCAGAAGUGAGGACUGAAAGUGAUGGCGCCAAGAAGUUACACGAUUCAUACAACUUGCCCCCACUGCUGAGUCCACCAGUAAAUUUCAAUACUCCAGUUUUACAUAUAAUAGCUGCAUAUGCAUUUACAGCCCGGAGCAGUCAUGAAGUCACCCUCCAGGCAGGCCAGCCAGUCACUGUCCUGGAACCCCAUGACAAGAAGGGGAGCAAAGAGUGGAGCUUGGUGGAGGUGAAUGGACAGAGGGGCUACGUGCCUUCCAGCUUCUUGGUGGCAGUGCCUGCUGCCUCAAAACCUGUGUGGCCCUUUCCAACUCAGCAGACAUAACUGUGCAGUAAGCCUAGUUUCAAGACAUCAAUUGCACUAUUCAUGUUCUUAUUCCUUCAAUUUCUCCUGUGUGGUUUUCCUUGUGAAGUGAAGAAAGAAAUAAGGGUGGUGGCAGGAAGAACUGUUGAUUGCCAUGAGUCUGUGCCAUUCCAGAGUGUAUAUUUCUUAGGAAAAAUAUGAAGGCCCGUGUGUGUGGAACCACUCAUAGAGUGCAUGGGGUUUCUGAUUUUAAUUUUGUUUUUUUUUCCUGACCUAUUGCCACUGAUAAGAUUCACCCCAAAGUUGUAAUUGGAAAAUGAUCCAAUAGAGGACUCAAGAAUCUCUACAUCAUUGGGUUUAUUUAAUUAAUGGAGAUUCCGAAACCAAAGGUCCUUGUGAAAUGUCUCCAGUGAAGGAGAUGUUUAGCAGCUUGGUAUAUUCAUUCCAGAAGGAUCCCGCAAACAGCAAGAGUCGGCUACUGACACAAAGAAAGCCAAAUCACAGUCUAGUAAAAAGCCCAUUCUCUUUUCUUUCAGCUCCUUGAUAGCCAGAGAAAGCAAUUUUGUGUUAAGCCCUGAUGUUUGUGGACCAUUUUCCAAGUUGCUAAAUUUAACUAUCACCUGCUCAUGAACCAGAUUUAAUAAGCUAGAUGCAAGUGCUGCAUUCCUUGCUACCUCCAGUGAAGAUUGAUUAUGUAUUUAAUAUGUAUCUAUGCUGUGAUAUACAAAGUGAACUGCCUGAAGCCUAAACCAAAUAACAAAGCUGGGGAUGUUCCUGAUAGCUUUAUUUUUCUAUAAGUAGUUAGUUGGCUACCUCUGGGUGAGAAGGUCAGGCCACAAAGUAUUAUUGGGGCUGUGGAAGAAGUACUGAUGGGUGGUUAAUGCAGCAUAUCAUAACAUGAAUAGAAAUCUGUCAUUUGUUUUUAAUAUGCUUUCUUCAAGCAAAGAAUAAAAAAUGAUAAAAAAGAGACAAUAUGUGAGGUACUUCCCAAGAUCAAGGAAAAAUAUAGUAGUAUGGUUUAGGGUGCUGAAUUUCAGUUUCAGCCAUGAAGGUUAUUAGUUAAUAUUCUCUCAGCCCAGCCUAAUGUGCAGGGUAAUUGUGGGGAUAAAGAAGAGAAGUAUUAUGUGAGACAAAUGUGGUCAGAUCCGGAAGAGGAUGCUGCUAACCACAUUAUGGAGGAUGAAAUUUCCAUUUUUAAUAUGACCAUUAAAAGUUCUGUAUCUCUGGCUUCUUUUGCUGGAUAACUGCCUUGACCUCAUUGGAGAAAAGUCAGCAUGUAAAAAGAAACUGGAAAAAGGGAAUAAAAACACCUAAGAACAAAUAGAGAAAACACUUUUGUAAAAGUUCUAGAAAAAGCAGCAGGGUCUAGAUAAGUAGGGCAACACCAAGCUCUUAGGUCUGUUGGGGCAUCACACUAGCACAGCUCACCCAAGCCUUCUUACGCAAGUUAUUCCCUGGUGGUGCAGCAGCUUGUGGAACUCCUGGUCUGAUGUUUAAAAAUUGCUCUAUCCCAGUUCACCUGUUACCAGGAGGCUGUCUCCAUGGUGGAGUCUUUUCUCCCUGGUGGCACCCAGUCUUAGAAUGAAGGAAGCAGUAGCUUUGAGAUGACCAUGCUCUACAUUUAUGUUUGAAAGUAGACUGUUGCAUGUCUUCGCCCUUUCUGACUUAUGAUCACUCUGGAGCUAACCUAUCAUGAGGUUUUCUAGGGCUGAAAACAUCUCACCUGCACAAGAUCACUUGGAGUUUCCAUGGCCAAGUGAACAAUUGAACCUUGGUUAUCUGUAUUCAUAAUUCCAUGCUCAAAACACUAUACUAGUCAAAAUAAUAUGCUUAUUUUUCUUUUUGCAUUUACACCCAGGUACUCACAAUAAUCUCAGGACAGUCAUAGCAUCCAGUUUACAAAGCAGAGGUAGAAAUAACAUGGAAAGGAUAAAUAUUCCUCUGCUGAAAAGGAGAGAAGUACAACAUGUUUCAGAAAACUUUGAUUUCAAAACUAAACAAUUUGCACAGUGAAAUGAAACAACCAGGUCUGCAGAGGUGGAGAAAGAGAACAUUUUGAGCUUACAGCAGGCACACACGGCAAUAGUGAGCAGGCACACAUGGCUAUAGUGAGAUCAGUGACAGUAGAAUCCCACCCUUUCCUAGCUCAAGUGUUGUUGCUUGCAAUGGUAAUUGCAGAUGCUGCUGAAACUUAACACUAACAACCCAUAUUUCUGCAACCCUCCUUCAUCCUCCUCCCAGUGCUGAUGCCACUUAAAAAAUGAUACAGGGAAGAAAAUGGAGGCCAGGUGAGUCUUUGUCAGGACCUUUGUUAACUGAAUAGAAAAUCAGUGGUUCCAUUUAGUUUGAAAGAUCAAGACCAUGCAAAACAUGUAACUGUAUUAGUGCUCCUCUAUGUGCCUGUCAAUAGAGCUCUAUUGUUUAAAAAUUUAGCAGCAGCUCUUCAGGUGUAGCUCUUGAAAAAUGCAUGGAUUGGCUCUUUGAUGUGUGGUGUUUUAUGCAAGCCAGAGGCCAAAAGAACUGGAUAACAUUAUGGUGUAACUGACCCUUAAGAGAAGAGCUUUCCAUCUCCUUAUCUCAUUACAAGAAGCUUGCCUCUCUGCUUUGAGAAGGAUCGGUAGGAUGAGGGGACAAGAGCAGAUUUUUGCUCUUGUUUUGUUUUUAAAGUUAUGAUUAUAUUGCAGUUGCUUCUUUGGGUUGGUGUGAAGCUUGCAGGUAAUAAGAUCCUCAAAAUGCGUUCAACAAUUCUGAAGUCAUCAGCCUGGGCAAUCUUGACUGUGUGAAUUGAAUCUGAAAUGCUUGACCCUCCCCCAUGUUCCCAAGAAAGGGCAUUUCCAACAUGCCACAGCAUGUGGAUGCUGAUGUGGAAGCAAGGAACAGCCAGCCAGGCUUCUUGCAAUGCCUACUAUGCCUACAUCUCCUAACAGAGUAUUUCCCUCUUCUGUUUCAGGCUCAUUUAUUCUUAUUUAUAAUUGUCGUUUUGCAAUGUAUUAGUAUUUUUGCGAAAUAAACAGUAUUGAUCCGCUG